AUGACGACUAGCAGGAAGAAGACAAGAAAUCUUAGAGAACACGUAUCUGUUGGACAUGGUCGUUUUGGAAAGCACCGUAAGCUUCCCGGAAGUCGUGGUAACGCCGGUGUUGGUAUGAGGUAUUUCCACAAGCUCAGGAACAAGUUUUACUGCCAGAUCGUCAAUCUUGACAAGCUUUGGUCGAUGGUUUUAGGGAAAGGUUUCUUGCCGGAGAAUAAACCUGUUGUUGUCAAGGCUAAGCUUGUGUCGAAUACAGAUGAAAAGAAGAUUAAGGAAGCUGGUAGUGCUGUUGUCCUCACGUUUCUACUAUACUAA